UUAAAAGAUGUGGAGGAGUCAACGCCGUCUUUCCCUGAUCUGGAACACAGACUGCAGCCGGUGUCUCCCUGCUCCUCUCUGAGAGAGUCAGUCCAGGUUUACAGGGACCACUGUAGGAUGGCCAAGGAGUUCCACCAGGUCAACCACCAGAUCUCGCUGCUCGAGGACCGCAAGCGUGAGCUGCUGGCAGAGCUGGCGGGGGACGAGUUUGUUGCCGUGGAAAUGGCCUGUCUGGAGGAUGAGUUCCGUGUCCUGUCGGAGGAGAACGCCACGCUGCUCAACGUCCACACUGAGCGAGCUCAGCAACUGGAGACGCUCAGCUCCACCAAUCGGAAUCGGACAAGCCAGGACAGCUCCUCCACGUGACCCCCUUGAACUCGACUUGACCCCGAGAGACGAUGACCUCGCUCGAGACCUUCAAACCGAAGCUACGGCCCGUAUUCUAAAAGUGCUGAUCUAUGAUCAGUUCCCCUCUGUUCAUAUAUUCAUAUUUAUUAAGAUCUAAAAAUGCCAAACUGAUCCUAAAUCAGCUCUGAGCCUCAACUUGGAUAUGGGUCCCUGAAAACAUUACUACCGAUAGCUGUCAAAUUCUUGCUUCCUCUGUCCUUGUUUCCUUAUCUCCUUUCUAAGAGCGUUUUGUUUCCUUAUCUCCUUUAUCUAAGAGCAAAGGAGAAGAGGAUACAAGGUCCCUCGUUUGGGACCUUCUCUUCCAAUGCACUUUGAGAGGAACUUACGGACCAGGGUUUGGGGCCAAUUCUAUUUAAAUUCCAACGAUGGGUUUCUGAUUUCUAAACUUUAAAAAAAUAUAUUGUUAAUCAUCAGUUAUACUAGAGACACGAGGAGUGUCAUAGUCUGGUUUCUACACCAGAUGUUAAUGGGUGUCUGUAAGAGUAAUGUAUAAGGUUGGGGUCAAGGAAGGUUAGUUAGGAGCCAGGGGGCUUUGGGAGGUGCUGAGUAGAGGAGAGGCAAUCGCAUGAUUAUGGCGGAGAGCUGUGGAUUAGUAAGGAAUGUAGAGGUCAGGUCAGGUCACAUUAAGGGAGAAGGAACUGUGCGUUGCCCGCAUGACUUUACUUCCUGUCUAGAAUAAAGAUGUUUAGAGAGAAGCAGGAGACUUUGUCUUAUGCAGCCCAACGGGUGAAUAAACCUGGUUUAAGUUUGACUAAUCGUCCGUGAGUUUAACUGGAGUCGAUUCAGGAAGUACACUGAAAUCCCGAUCUCGAAUUCCUCUUCGUUGCGUUUCAAUGAGCGGAAUUUGGUUUUCUUUCUCAAUUGACCAGAACUCAAAUGGAAUUAAUCCCAACCCUGCUAAGGAAACAAGGACAGAGGAAGCAAGGACAUAGCAGUAGUAGUAGUAGUAGUAGUAGUAGCAGUAGUAGUAGUAGUAGUAGCAGUAGUAGUAGCAGUAGCAGUAGUAGUAGUAGCAGUAGUAGUAGUAGUAGUAGUAGUAGUAGUAGCAGUAGUAGUAGUAGUAGCAGUAGUAGCAG